AUGGAACUCGACAACAAAUCGCAGAAGAGACCCCGGGAAUCGGAAGCCGGAGAGGGGAUUGAGCAACCAGCGCCAUCUUCGGUUGAAUCGCAAUCGAGUAGCGGAAAUAGAAUCGAUCCCAAUCUCAAAAAUGAGCCCCUGAACGAGACCGACCUGCAGGCCUUUGGCCACGUUGUCCACGUUGCCGCGGCGGACAGCGACGACUUCAACGCCGUGACCGUCCUGCGGGUGGUGCUCUUCCACUCGGCCACCAAGGCCACCGAGGAGCGCGUCAUCUCCAAGCGCGCCUUCACCCCGCUCCACAUGUCCAAGAGCGCGUGGAAGAAGUUCAACAACAAGCCCACCACCAAGGAGCUCAAGAAGCGCAAGCUCGAGCACCCGACGGGCGCGCUGCCGCUCAUCACCCCCGCUGCUGCUGCUGCCGCGGCCGCCCAGCUCGACCUCGACUCCGCCCCGCGGCGGCUGCGUAGAGCCGAAAAGGUCUUGUCCGAGCGCACGCAGAGAUUCUUGCUGGUACUGGAGCGACCGCACGACAAUCACAACCAGCAGGCCGUGCUGCGGACGGCAGAGUGUCUGGGCAUCCAGCACGUGUGGAUCGUGAAGAACGUGGAGCAGAAGCAGAAGAAGUUCGUCGCCAAUCGCAAGAUCACGCGGGGCAGCGAUGACUGGCUGAGCGUGCGCGAGUUUCAAACCACCACCGAGUGCCUCAUGGCCCUGCGAGAAGACAACCGACAGGUGUGGGUGACCGAUCUGAGCAAGACGGCCAUCUGCCUCGACGAGAAGGUCCAGGUCGACAUCCCCGCGAAGGUCGCUCUCGUGAUCGGACGCGAGGCCGACGGCUGCAGCCAAGAGAUGCUCGCGGCUGCCGACAAGAGGGUGUUCCUGCCGAUGUACGGCUUCUCCGAUUCAUUCAACCUCAGCGUGGCGACGGCCCUCCUCCUGCAGAGGCUCUUCCUGGUGUGUCCCCAAGCGCGCGGCGACCUGCCCGAGGAGGAGAAGCACCAUCUCCGGCUCAAGUGGUACACCCAGCUCGCCAAGGACGACGAGCAACGAAGAAGCGUGUACGCGCAGUGGGUCAACAACCCUCCCGCGCCGCUGGACGAUAUCAGACCCGACGAACGGGUGCCGAUCGUGAUGAAGAAGGUCAUGAAGCGGAUCACGCAGAAGGAGGAAGAGGUCCAGAAGGAGUUCCACGAGCGAAUGGCCGCCUCCACCUCCUCCUCUACUUCCACUUCCACUUCAACCUCCACCUCCACCUCUACAGAACAACAGUAA